AUGCCACCCAAGAGAGGACAAAACUACACAGAGAGAGUUAACAAGCGACGUCGUGCCGCUGACAGCAGUGCCACUACAGACUCGGUGGUGCAGCCACAUCCAUCACGGCUUCAGCCAGUCCAGUUGCAGGAACCUUCAAAUGCUGCCCGGGCAACCCCACAGCUUACCCUUUCAGCAGAAGUAUUGGCAGCGCUGACAAAUUCCAUCUCAGCAGCAGUAUCAGAAGCACUGUUGACUGUUGCACAGCCCCUGCAACCUGCAACAACGGCAGCAGCAACGGCAUUCCCAGUCGCCCAUCCUUCAACAUCUGCAGCAGCGGCAGCAGUCCCGGAGGUGCAGUUUGUUCCCGAUCCCAUUUCAAUUUCAAGUGCAGAGGUGGUGAACAGAGAUUCAAGCGUUGUAGAAGCAAACCCCACCACUCCCAAUGCUGACCAGUCGCUCCUCAACACGGUCAACAAUGCAGUGCAG